GCGCGGCGCCGGCCCGUCCGGCCGCUGGACAACGUGGAGGCUGCACUGCCCGGGCCGCCGUGGCCGCUGCUGCUGGCGCGGUACGGCUGCCCGGCCCCCGCCGCAGCCCCACUGCUUCUGCUGUUUGCCAGCCACCGGGAUGUAUGGCUGGUGCAUGCUGGCAGAGUCAAGCUGGAGUCCACCAUCAUGGUCAGCGGCCUGGAGAAUGCGGCCACAGUGGACUUCCAGUUCCCCAAGGGAGCCGUGUACUGGACAGACGUGAGCGAGGAGGCCAUCAAGCAGACCUACCUGAACCAGAGGGGGGCUGCUGUGCCGAAUGUGGUCAUCUCUGGCCUGGUCUCACCCGAUGGCCUGGCCUGUGACUGAGUGGGCAAGAAGCUGUACUAAAUGGACUUGGAGACCAACCUUGGAGGUGCCAUUAAGGUGGCCAACCUCAAUGGCAAGUCCCGGAAGGUCCUCUUCUGACAGGACCUUGACCAGCAUGCCAUCACCUUGGACCCCGCUCACAGGUACAUGUACUGGGCAGAUUGGGGUGAGACGCCCUGGAUCGAGCAGGUGGGGAUGGACGACAGCACCCAGAAGAUCAUUGUGGACUUGGACAUUUACUGGCCCAAUGGGCUGACCAUCGACCUGGGGGAGAAGAAGCUCUACUGGGCUGACACCAAGCUCGGCUUCAUCCACCGUGCCAACCUGGACGGCUCGUUCCGACAGAAAGGUGGUGAAGGCAGCCUGACGCACCCGUUCACCCUGACACUCUCCGGGGACACUCUGUACUGGAUGGACUGGCUGACGUGCUCCAUCCAUGCCUGCAACAAGCACACUGCGGGGAAGAGGAAUGAGAUCCUGAGCGCCCUCUACUGCAUGGACAUCCAGGUGCUGAGCCAGGAGCGGUAGCCUUUCUUCCACACUCGCUGUGAGGAGGACAAUGGUGGCUGCUCCCCCCUGUGUCUGCUGUCCCUAAGGGAGGCUUUCUACAUGUGCGCCUGCCCCACGGGUUUGCAGCUGCAGGACAACGGCAGGGCAUGUGAGGCCAGAGCUGAGGAGGUACUGCUGCUGGCCCAGUAGACAGACCAAUGGAGGAUCUCGCUGGACACACCGGACUUCACCGACAUCGUGCUGCAGGUGGACGACGUCCAGCAUGCCAUCGCCAUGAACUAUGACCCAAUGGAGGGCCACGUCUACUGUACGGAUGACGAGGUGUGGGCCAUCCGCAGGGCAUACCUGGAUGGGUCUGGGGCGCAGACGCUGAUCAACACCAAGAUCAACGACCCCGAUGGCAUCGCAGUCAACUGGGUGGCCCGAAGCCUCUACUGGACCCACAUGGGCACAGAACACAUCGAGGUGACGCGCCUCAACGGCUCCUCCCACAAGAUCCUGGUGUCAGAGGACAUGGACGAGCCCCGUGCCAUUGCACUGCAUCCCAAGGGCCUCAUGUACUGGAUAGACUGGGGAGAGAACCCUGAAAUCAAGCGUGCCAACCUGGACAGGCAGGAGCUGCGUGUGCUGGUCAGUGCUUCCCUCGGGUGGCCCAACGGCCUGGCCCUGGACCUGCAGGAAGGGAAGCUCUACUGGGGAGAUGCCAAGACAGACAAGAUCGAGGUGAUCAGUGUCGAUGAGAUGAAGAGGCAGACCCUCCUGAAGGACAAGCUCCCACACAUUUUCAGGUUCACCCUGCUGGGGGACUUCAUCUACUGGACCGACUGGCAGCGCCACAGCAUCACGCGGGUACACAAGGUCAAGGCCAACCGGGACGUCAUCAUUGACCAGCUGCCCGACCUGAUGGGGCUCAAAGCUGUGAACGUGGACAAGCUCAUCGGAACCAACCCGCAUGCGGACAGGAAUGCGUGCAGCCACCUGUGCUUCUUCACGCCCCACACAACCCGGUUUGGCUGCCCCAUCUAGGGCCUGGAACUGCUGAGUGACAUGAAGACCUGCAUCAUGCCCAAGGCCUUCUUGGUCUUCACCAGCAGAGCCGCCAUCCACAGGAUCUCCCUCGAGACCAACAACAACGAUGUGGGUCCUGCUCUCGGCGUCAGGGAGGCCUCGGCCCUGGACUUUGAUGUGUCCAGCAACCACAUCUACUGGACAGACAUCAGCCUGAAGGUAGCGUGGGCCCGAACAUGCACAUGUGCAGCCUAUAUGGGAAAACCUUGCCUCUGUACCUGCCUCAGGUUUCAGACAUUUUUCUUAAAGCACUAUAAUAUUUAUUGUAACACAAUUCAAGCUAAUUAAAUAUGAGCAAGCCUAUUUAAACAAAAA